AUGGUAUCGCAAUCGGAUAUCACAUACAGACUGGGGGGAAUACCAGAUCACUAUGGAAAUGAUGAGGUCUCUCAGCUGGUCGCUCAGUUGCUCGGGCUGGAUGUUGGUGCGAUCUGGGUGCGCUCACUUGCAAGCCACCCAUUUCGAGAGAGGGAGAAGGUCGCAACACUGAAUCUGCGGGAACGAGCAUGGGAACUUGAGAAUGGAACGAAUGAAUGGACAUUUCACUACACCAACCCUAAUUCAGGAGAGGCUCUGGACAUUGUGCUCGACACAAAUUUCAUUGGAAUCACUCCGUUGCAUGGGACGCCAGACGAGAGGUGCGAUGCUUGUUGUAUUGCUCUUUCCGGCCUCAACGCACACGCUUUCGGGUCAUUCAAAGCCAGGUCCGACAGUUUCAUGUGGCUCCGCGACGCGUUGCCAAUGGAUCUGCCAGGCAGCAGGAUGUAUAUCUACGGCUAUGAUACCAGCAUGGUCGACAGCCUUUCCAGACAAACUAUUUUGGAUCUUGGUCUAUAUUUCGCCGAGAAUCUCAAAGCCCUCGUAGGCGGAUCGAGUAGUGCGCCUCCUAAAUCUCUUCUUCUUAUCGGGCACAGCCUUGGAGGUCUGGUACUUGAACAGGGUCAGCCGAACGAAGGUCUCAUCUCUUGUUUGAGGAUGGACUCAGAUUUUCUUGAACUUCAGCAGGAGGACUUUGCUACAGCCCGCUCAAAGAUGCGUAAUGCUCAGGUAAUCGCCUUCUACGAAACAGUUGAUACGCCCACUGUAGAAAGGGACCGAGAGUCACAAAAAUGGAUGAUGACCGGCUCUCCAGCUCUUUUGGUCUCAAAGUCGUCUGCAACGAUGGGGUGCGAUGCUACCAUACCGAUCAACAGAAACCAUUCCGAAAUCGUGAAGUUCCCGAGACAGCACAACGAGUAUUUCGUGGUCGUCAACCGACUCAGGGAGUUGAGGAAACUGCGCUGCGCUCGCUAG